AUGGCCGAAGGCUCGCUAAAAAGAAAACGUCCCCCUACAUUUCCCCAUCACCCUGCAGCAAGAGCAAAGAAACUCAAGCAAGACUGGGUCUUCAAGGCCAAAAUUAAAAGUAAAUGGAAGGCGGAAAAACGCAAGAUGGCGGCAGCCAGUGCAGGAGACGAUAAGGAUAUGCAGGAUGUUGAUUCAGACAGUAGUGCAUCUAGCGGUACUCAGGAGGAUUUAAAGGAAGAUCAUCAGCCCUCUCCCGAACCUCCAGCACCUCCUUCACGUACAAAAUCUAUCACUCAAAAAGUCGCCGUUUCCGUGCAAACGACACCCUCACAGCCUCCGAUAUCCACCCGUGAAAUGAAGCGGAACGCAUACUCCAAGUCGUCCUUGCAUAGCUAUAAAGCCGACCCAUUUAACAAGAGAAAGAGCGGCAAUGUACGGGGACAGCCUUUCAAAGGGGAUCGUGAUGGGAAUGGAGGCAGAGGCAGAGACUUGGUCUGA